AUGUCCGAUGCUGGUCGGCGCUCUUCUCAACAACACCAUGUCCGCUUCUCUACAGACCUCGAACGACCCUCAGCCGAAGAGCAACGGCAUUCCAAUUGGGACCGCCGCCCCAGCUCACGCGGUUUAAGCAUCGACACCACGGCCCUGGCGCCUCCUGCCACGCGACCUCCCGCUCGAUCUCCCACCUCUCCCCUCUCGCCUCCCGCCGUUCCCAAUGCUAGCCUCUCUCCACUCUCGCCCGUGUCCCCGCCAAGUCCAGAUUCUAAUGGCAACGGUCGCUCGCGGUCGCGAAACCGUGGCUAUUCAUUGCGUCGAUCCAUCUUCAAUAAGAACAUCCAAACCCAUUCUGAGCAGGAUGAUAUUGGUGCGGCGGAAUUGGGCGAAGCAAGUGGGCCCGUCAGUGCUGCGAAGUCCCCGACUGCAGUCAUUUCCAGUAUUCCAAGCCCGCAAGAUGAGAAGAACGAACUGGAAGUAGCGCCGACCACGACUCUAGAUUCGGACACGAAUGACCGCACGUCAUACAUUUCCUCGGAAGACAAUCCCCUCAAUAAGGAAUACUCCAUGUCCCUGCUGAAGGGCAGCUGGAAUGGAAGGAAAACGCAGAUGACUAUUUUGACUGCGCGUAUAGAAGCCGCCCUGGUCAGGGUGCAGAACUUUAUUCUCCGCAUCAAAGAUAUCCCACCGACCGCCAAUGGCCGCCAGAUCGACCUCAAUCCGUCCUCGGUCGAAACCUUCCUCGAUGAGCGCACCGGAAAGCCAUACUGCGCGAACUGGAUCCGAUCCAGUAGAUACAGUUUCUGGAGUUUCUUCCUCGACAACUCCGUUCUGCAGAUGAUUCCGGGUCUGAGUACCACGGGAACAUAUACAACCAUUGUUCCCUUGUUGAUUUUCGUUGGUAUCUCGAUGGGUAAGGAAGGAUUUGAUGAUUGGCGCCGCUAUCGCUUGGAUAAGGAAGAGAACAAUCGGGUUGCAUGGGUUCUUCGCUAUACACCCGAUGCUUCGUAUAAUCCAGUGGAGGAAGGCUCGUACGAAUGGGUGGAGAUCAAAUGGGAGGACAUUCGGGUCGGAGAUGUGAUCAAACUCGGGCGUGAUGAGCCUGUGCCGGCCGAUUUUGUCUUGCUCCAUUCUGAUGGUCCGAACGGCGUGGCUUACAUCGAGACGAUGGCGUUGGACGGAGAGACCAAUCUCAAGAAUAAGCAGCCCUGUCAGCCCGUGGCCAAAGUCUGCUCGACUGUCAAAGAUCUGACGAGUAACUCGAUUUCCUUUGUGGUCGAAGACCCGAACCUUGAUCUCUACAAAUUCGACGGCCACGCUACCGUCAAUGGCCAGGAAAAAGUUCCUCUGACCAACAACGAGAUUGUCUAUCGUGGAAGUAUCCUGCGAAACACCGAUUGCGCGCUUGGUAUGGUGAUAUACACCGGCGAAGAGUGCAAGAUUCGCAUGAACGCGAACAAGAACCCUCGAAUCAAGAAGCCUGCACUGCAAUCCAAGGUCAACCGCGUGGUGAUGCUGAUCGUCCUUUUGGUCGUCAUCAUGGCUGUCGUGUGCACCAUAUGCUACAAGUACUGGUCUCAAAGCGUGGAGAGCCAUUCUUGGUACCUGACCGAUGCGAACGUUGACUAUGGGCCUAUCUUCACCUCCUUCCUGAUCAUGUUCAAUACCAUGAUUCCUAUCUCACUCUAUGUCAGUAUGGAAAUCGUCAAGGUGGUGCAGAUGUAUCUACUCAACGACAUUGAUAUGUACGACCCGGAAACCGACACCCCUCUCGAGGCACGCACUUCGACGAUUAACGAAGAGCUGGGCCAAGUCAGCUAUAUCUUCUCAGACAAGACUGGAACGUUGACGAACAACUCUAUGCGUUUUAGAAAGAUCAGCGUUGCUGGCACUGCCUGGUUGCACGAUUCGGACCUCCAAGAGGAAGCUGCCCGCGAAGGUGAGAAGCUCAUCCACAAAAAACGACGGGCCAAGGGAAAGAAAGCCAUGAUUCGAAAAUCAAAUGUCUCCGAAGCUCACCAUACACCUCGUCCAUCCAAUUUAUCUGGUGUUGAUGCGCUCCGCCAAUCCGGCCGUACUUCACCAUACCGGACUACCGAAAUGAUUCAGUACAUUCAACGGAAGCCAUACACUCUAUUUGCACGAAAGGCAAAGCUGUUCCUUCUGGCUAUUUCCCUCUGCCACACCUGUAUUCCCGAAGAGGAUGAAACCGGCGGCAUCACAUUCCAGGCUGCCUCCCCGACGAGCUUGCUCUUGUCCUGGCAGCGAAGGAACUUGGCCGUCGACGAAACGUACGAAAUAAUGGACGUGAUCGAGUUCUCCAGCGCUCGAAAGCGUAUGUCUGUCGUCGUCCGCAUGCCCGACCAACGCAUCUGCCUCUUUUGCAAGGGUGCCGACACCACCCUGACCCGGCUGCUCAAGCACGCCGACAUGGCCCACGAAAAGGCUGCUGAGAUUGAGCGCCGGGCAAGCAAGCGCAAGACUGCUGAAGCAAACCACAUCAUCCGCCGCAACAGCGAGUACCAGCAAAGCCGCAAGGACAGCGGUGUCCGCAGAAGUCUGAGCAAGGCCAGCUUUACCCGUCACCGGGACUCGGCAUCGAUUCAGAAUCCUACCGCUCUCCGCGAAAGUAUUGAUGUCUGGCUCCGCGACCGUGAGACCGAUGGCGGUAUUCUAAAUCGCGAGGCGGGCAAUGAGUACUACAGUCCCCGGCCUUCUGCCCAGAUGAGCCGGGCUUCUGCUGUUAUUUCCGAGUCUGGCAGCUCCACCAACGGCGAGGAUGAGGACGAGGAUCUGGUCGAGGAGGCCCUUGUUGUCAAUGAGUCUGCUAUCUUUGAGCGAUGCUUCCAGCAUUUGAAUGACUUUGCGACCGAUGGUCUUCGCACCCUUCUAUAUGGCCAUCGGUUCUUGGAUGAGGCUUCGUACAAGACUUGGAAGGCUGCAUACCACGAGGCUGUCACCAGUAUCGUCGACCGUCAGGACAAGAUUGAGAAGGUUGGCGAGCAGAUCGAGCAGCAGCUUGAGCUUACUGGUGCCACUGCCAUUGAAGAUAAGCUGCAGAAGGGUGUUCCGGAGGCUAUCGAUAAGCUACGUCGCGCGAAUAUCAAGCUUUGGAUGCUCACUGGUGACAAGCGUGAAACUGCUAUCAAUGUUGGACACUCUUGUCGCUUAGUCAGAGAAUACUCGACAUUGACCAUUCUCGACCAAACCAAGGGCAACGUCGAGGAAGAGAUCGUCAGUCUUACUGGUGAGGUCAUCGCCGGUCGCGUCGCUCACUCUGUGGUCGUCGUCGAUGGACAGACAUUGUCGACCAUCGAGGCAGAUGAAAUCCUUCGUAAGCGCUUCUUCCAACUUGCUAUCCGAGUCGACUCGGUGAUCUGUUGCCGUGCGAGCCCGAAACAGAAAGCCUUCUUGGUCAAGUCAAUCCGCACUCAUAUUGACGAUGCCAUCACGCUCGCCAUUGGAGACGGGGCAAACGACAUUGCGAUGAUUCAAGAGGCACAUGUGGGUAUUGGUAUUGCUGGCAAAGAAGGUCUUCAAGCUGCACGCAUUUCGGAUUAUUCGAUCGCGCAAUUCCGAUUUCUGCUCAAGCUGCUCCUGGUCCAUGGUCGCUGGAAUUACAUGCGGGCUUGCAAGUACACCCUCGGCACUUUUUGGAAGGAAAUGCUUUUCUACCUUACCCAGGCUCUAUAUCAGCACUGGAAUGGGUAUACUGGUACCAGUCUCUACGAGUCGUGGAGUUUGAGUAUGUUCAAUACUCUUUUCACGUCCUUGCCGGUUAUCUUCUUGGGUAUUUUCACCAAAGAUCUCGCGGCUUCAACCUUGCUUGCUGUACCGGAGCUCUAUACCAAGGGCCAACGGAACGGCGGGUUCAAUAUCUUGCUCUGGGUCGGGUGGUCGUUCAUGGCCACUUGUGAAGCUGCGAUUAUUUUCUUCACCAUGUACGGCCUGUUCGGUAUGAUUCAGGUGAACCUUGGUGACGUCGACACUUUUGCUCUUGGUCUCCUCACGUUCAGCACCUGUGUCAUCGUCAUCAACAUCAAGCUCCAGUUCCUUGAGGUCCACAAUAAGACAUACUUGUGUGCCAUCGUUAUGAUUAUUUCCAUUGGUGGCUGGUUCCUGUGGAACAUCAUCCUCUCGCAGCGCUACAACUUCAAAUCCGGGAAAGGCGUCUACGAUGUCAACGGGAAUUUCAUUCAUCACGUCGGCGACAACCUUCUCUUCUGGGCUGUUCUUCUCGUCGCCUCUACAUCGGUUAUUCUCCUUGAGCUGAUUGUCAGCACACUCCGCGCCCUCUUCUUCCCAACCGACGUGGAUAUUUUCCAAGAAUAUGAAAAGGACCUUGACAUUCGCAAGCGCUUCGAAGAAGCCGCUGCUACCGAGCUGCAGCAAGGUUGGGACCACGGCACCAAGAAGUCUUCUUUCGAGCUAGCGCGCGAAACAGCCGAGAUGGAUGCCCGCGAGCGCCACGUACGAGAGCUCCUUGCUCGUCCUCGCGUCAUGCCCGACUUGAAACCGAUUAGCAACGAGAUCGAGCUUGAGGGGUAUUCCAGCCACAGUGCCAGUGUAAGCCAAGUCGGCUCAAACGGCACACCUUUUGCCGCUGGCACCACUUCCGUGACUGCUGUGCCUGGAGCUGACCCUAUUCCUCCCGAAUCCUGCGCUCCACGCCGCUCUGUCGAAAUCCACGAGAUGCUCAGCAGAGGAUUUGGCUCUAUCCGCAAGGGCCACCUGAGAUGA